AUGUCUCUAGAGGUGAAGGAAAAGACCCAGGUGAGGUUGGUGUUUCUGGGGGCGGCCGGGGUGGGCAAGACGGCCCUGAUCCGACGCUUCCUCCAGGAUACCUUCGAGCCCAAGCACCGGCGCACCGUGGAGGAGAUGCACAGCAAGGAGUACGACAUUGGCGGCUCUAAGGUCACUGUGGAGAUCCUGGACACCAGCGGCAGCUACUCCUUCCCUGCCAUGCGCAAGCUCUCCAUCCAGAACAGCGAUGCCUUCGCCCUGGUCUACGCGGUCGAUGACGCAGAGUCGCUGGAGGCCGUCAAGAGCCUCCGCGACGAGAUCCUGGAGGUCAAGGAGGACAAGCACAUCCCGAUCGUGGUGGUGGGCAACAAAGCAGACCGAGCAGGAAGCGACCGGCAGGUGGCAGUUGAUGACGUACUGUCAACAGUGGAGCUAGACUGGAACAACAGCCACGUGGAGACGUCGGCCAAGGAGAACGACAACGUGAUGGAGGUGUUCAGGGAGCUGCUGCAGCAGACCAACCUGCCCAGCCGGCUGAGCCCUGCUCUGAGGCACCGCAGGGAGACCUUCCCCAAAGGAGACCCCAAGUGCAUCCGGCCACCCAUGAACAAGACCAACUCCUGCAUCAUCUCCUAA